CUUUUUUUUGUUCGAAAUUGCAAAAAACUGUGGCCUGUUGACACUCGAACUCACAACCUCGCGACCUCCUCCUUUUACGUUAGCUACAGUAACCAACUACACAACUACCCUCAUUUGAUUUGAGACAUCCUUUCUCCUUUUAUGAAAUCUUCUUUUCUUUUUCUUUUUCUCCUUUCUUUUUCUUUCUUUCUUGUUCCUUCUUUUCCUUCUUUUUCUUAAAUGCAUGAUUUUUUUUAAAUCCAGUGAACUGUUUCCCGUUCAUGAACUAUUUAUUCAAAAUUGAUGAACUUUUUCGAAUUUGUGAACCUUUUGUGAAAACUAGUGGACCUUUUUCACAUUAGUGAACUUUUUUUACCGAAACUGGUGAACUUUCUAUAAACCUGAGAACCUUUUUACAAAAUUCGGAGAAGUCUUUUCAAAUUCUUGAACUCUUUUUUAUCUAAAUCGGUGACUUUUUUAAAAAUCCAUGAACUUUUCUCAAAUCCAUGAACUUUUUUUCAAAAUUUGGUGAACUCUUUUAAAAUUGGUGAACUUUUUUUAUCAUAAUCGAUGAACCUUUUUAAAAUCCAUGAACUUUUCUCAAAUCCGUGAGCUUUUUUCAAAAUUCAGAGAACUAUUUUCAAAUUUGUGAACUUUUUUUUAUCAAAAUCCAUGAACUUUUCUCGAUUUUAUGAAUUUGUUUUGAGAAAAUCCGAGAACUGCUUUUGAAAUAGAUGAACUUUUUAAGAAUUCGUGAAAUCUUUUUUCAUAUCUACGAGUUUUUCCUGAAAUAAUUUAUACUGGGACCAGAAAAAUGGUCAAAUAGCAUGUUUUUAAUUGAUGACAUCAAAGCGAUGGUGGUGCAGUGGUUAGUCGCUCGUGUAUUUAGAGUUGGCAUGUUGGUUCGAUUCCCGCAUUUUGCAAAAUAGUAGCGCAGUAUUCACGUUUCUUUUGGAGCAUUUUUGCUAGACGCCAGCGAUGCUGGGCCAGCCCAUUACUGGCUGCCUUCGUGCGCCGACUAGCCUAAGCGGCGCUGAGGGCGCCGAAGAGGACCUCUCCUCCAACGGCCUGGGCUUGGCCCAUUCACAUUUUCUUUUGUUUUUCCAAACUUCAAAAAAUGGGCAAGAGUAGGUUACAAUCUCUCAACCUAACGGAUCAAGUUAACUAGGACAACCAACUCGGCCACAACAACUUACGUGCUAAUAAACUGUUUUUCCUCUUUUUUUGUUAUGCGUCAACUGUGUAACCCUACAGCGAAGGCUCUAAUUAUAUUACUUGUGUUUUCUUUCACCAAUUUUUCUACACUUUUUUUCCUUUUUCCUGUUUUCUUUCUUAAAAGCAUGAACCUUUUUCAAUUUUCUAGAACUUUUUUCAAAUCUGUGAUUUUUUUUCUUCAGUUUUUUGCAAACUGUCUAUUGAAAAUUAUUUAAAAUCCAUGAAUAUUUUUCAGUUUUUUGCAACUUUUUUAGUGAACUUGCUUUUUAAAAUCUGUGAACUUUUUAAAUCAAUUAAUUGUUUUUCAAAAAAUGAUGAACUUUUUCCAAAUCCGAGAAUUAUUGUUCAAAAUCCGGAUGCUUUUUCAAAUAAGUGAUUUUUUUUCAAAAUUGAUGAACGUUUUUCAAAUCCGUGAACUUUUGGUCCAAAUCGAUGAACUUUUUUCAAACCAGAGAACUUCAUUUGAAAACCCAUGAACUUUUUUUCAAUUCGUGAAGUUUUUUCCAAAUCUGACAAUUUAAAAAAAAUGAUUUUUUUUCCAAGUUUGUGAACUUUUCAAAAUGAUGAACAAAUUUCGAAAUUCAUGAAAUUUUCCAAUUUUCUGAACAUUUUUGAAUUAAUGCACUUUUUACAAAUCGGUGAACUAUUUUCAAAUUCAUGAACUUUUUUGAAUUCAAAAACAUUUUCUGAAUUCAUGCGCUUUUUUGCAGCACGUACUUGCAAGAGAAAAAAUUUGGUAGAUAUUUUUUUGAAUUUUCAUUGAUGAUAACAGGAACGGAAAGAAAUUCUAAAGAGAUUUUAGUCUAAACAUAUCCAAAGCCGGUUGAUAAGUUUCCAAAAAAACAAUCGACCAAGAGUGUGUUUCCUCCCUUUUUUGUAUCCUCUAAAAUGUAUCAGGACAUGCUUUCACACCAAUGGUUCAAUAUUUAGACGGAAUACUAGUACACACCAGGAUAGGCGUCAAUAAAUCCUUACCUUUUUCAUUCCUCAUUCUAAAUAGAUUGACACAUGAAACAUACCAGUAUAUAUAUGCCCAUAUAUGCAUCCAAGGAUUCAUCGAGCAAGCAAGCAAACACUCCAGCCUACCAUUGCACCCAUCCCACAACUUUGUCAACUCUUCUCUUUGAAAUGGAGAAUGUUGUAGUGUUGAUUAUUGGCGCUGGGCCUGCAGGCCUUGCAACAGCAGCAUGCCUUAGCCGAUUCUCAAUUCCCUAUGUCAUUGUCGAGCGUGAAAGUUGCAGCGCGUCGCUUUGGCGCAACCGCGCCUACGAUCGCCUAAAGCUGCAUCUUGCAAAGGAGUUCUGUGAGUUGCCACACAUGUCAUACCCACUAGAUGCUCCAACAUACAUACCAAAAACCUUGUUUGUGAAGUACUUAGAUGACUAUGUUGAGCGUUUCAAUAUUCAAGCCAAGUAUCUCACUAGUGUGGAGUCAUCCACAUUUGACAAUGAUGAAAAAUGUUGGUCCAUCGUGGCACAUGACAUGGCAAAGAGCACAAUAGUCAGGUUCACAACAAAGUUUCUUGUUGUGGCAAGUGGUGAGAAUAGUGCAGAGAAUAUUCCAAUGAUCCCCGGACUACAAAGUUUUUCGGGUGAUGUCAUCCACUCCUCAAGCUACAAGUCAGGAAAAAGCUACUCUGGCAUGAAUGUAUUGGUCGUUGGAUCUGGCAACUCUGGAAUGGAAAUUGCUUAUGAUCUUGCGGCCCAUGGUGCCAAUACUACAGUCGUUAUACGAAGCCCGAUUCAUGUAAUGACAAAGGAACUAAUCCGGUUGGGGAUGACACUUGCUCGCCGCCUUCCACUGAAUCUAGUGGAUAACCUCCUUGUGAUGGCGGCAAAUUUAAGAUUUGGAGACCUAUCGAGGUAUGGUAUUAGAAGGCCAAAAAUGGGUCCAAUGACCCUCAAGUCAAAAACCGGCCGAUCCGCUGUUAUUGAUGUUGGCACUGUUGGGUUAAUCAAAAAAGGUAUCAUCAAAGUACAGGGGAGCAUUAGUAAGAUCAUGGGCGAUAUAGUUGAAUUUCAAUGCAGUAAAAAGAUAUCAUUUGACGUGAUUGUGUUUGCAACUGGAUACAAAAGCACAGCAAAUAUAUGGCUGAAGGUAACAACAUCGAUCAUGUUAAAUGGCAAUGGACUACCCAUCAAAGAAUAUCCGAAUCAUUGGAAAGGUGAAAAUGGGCUCUACUGUGCUGGGUUAGGAAGGAGAGGAUUGGCUGGUAUUGCAGCAGAUGCCAAGAAUAUCGCCAAUGACAUCAAAUCAGUGAUAGGCGCUAUGUCCGGCUAAAUUAUCAAACAGUGAAUGCGUCUUCGACAACGCGAUGCCUUCCAUCACUGGGCUCCUGAACAAGAUCAAGGAUGAGAUCCAAUGAUGGGCUAAGGCCGGGGCACAAGGCCCGCGGGUUGUUCUGCACCAAUCCUGGGAUGUCCACUGAGUUGUAUGAUGUACUGUAAAAUUAACCUCCUAGGAGGACUAUAACUUCCCCCCAUCCUUUCAAUGCAAUGAACGCAAAGGUCAUUUGCGUUUUCUCGAUUUGUUUUUUAUCUUUUACAUGUAGUUUACCAGGCUAGUGUGCUAGACGGUUGAUUCUUUCAAAAAUCUAUCCACUGCCACCUGUCUAUCUAUCUACAUCUAUAUUUGAUAGAACUAGAUUUUUGUUUAUUUCAAGGUUCAUAUGUGCGCCAGGGAGUAAGCAUUACUUUUAUAAUAUAAUCAAGGGAUUUAUACUCACAUGAUGCAAAGAGCUUUGUAAUUUUUAUUGAACAGUUACUUAUAGUAUUUUGUUUACUUGAAUUUACACAUGCAAAAGUCAUCCCCUUGAACACGAUGUUUAACGCCCGCGAAAUAAAAACAAGGGACUAAGUGUAAUUAAUACAAGGACAAUGCUACACCUACGUAAACUAAUCUAUGUACUUUACGUAAUGUGCAUGUGGACACUCUGGAUUGGAUAUAGGUGGAUUGGGGGGGCCACCUCCCUCAAAAUCAAGGGGGAGAGAAUCAUUGUUAGAAAGUCUACGUUAUACACCCCUCGUAUAAAGGGUAGUAUAGACUUUUGCCUAAUCACUGUAUACGUUGUACAUGACUAAUUUAGA